CGACUUUCGAAAGACUGGACGGCACCCGUUUAUGCAUUCUUCAGGUCCGCCCCUACCAUCGAGUACAUUGACGGCCGCCGAUGUCACUCGUUCCAAUGUGCUGCAACAAAUUGUAAGCACAAAACAUGGGGGGUGAGGAGAUAUCUUGAUACUGGGGAUGCAAAGUCCACAGGAAAUAUGCGUAAACACGCAAAGAAAUGCUGGGGUGCUGAAACUGUCGAAUCAGCCGACAAAGCCAAGAAUGCAACAGAGGUGUGCGGGACAACGGUCAAAGGGAUCCUGGAUCCACAAACCAUAACGGUUGCCUUUGAGCGUAAAGGGAAAGGGAAAGUGACGUUCUCGCACCGUCAACAUAUGAAAAUGGAAUCGUGGGCAGAGAUAGUGUGUUGGGUGGCCGAGAGUAAGAGGCCCUUUCAAAUUGUCAGUGAUUGUGGCUUCCAGAGCUUAAUGAAAAUGGGAAGACUGGAAUAUUACAUACCUUCACCCACAACAGUAUCU